AUGAACGCAACACACAUUUUAGAAUCACACGAGGCUAAUGAACAGCACCAUGCUACGAAUCGGUCAUACUGGGAGGUAACUUACAACAUCCUCGUCAUUAUGUCAAUUGUAUUCUCGAUGGCCACGUACCUCAUCCUUGACAAAGAUCGUUUCGAAAAGAAUCCUUUACUCAGAUUUGCCAUUAUACUCCUUCCGCUUUCAUGCUCAGCAAUCCAAUAUCUUUUUCUUCUCUACACCAACUGGAAGUCAAAUUACGAGCCUGAGGGCACAUUGCACAAGGCACUCUACUACUUUUUCAACGUUCUCCUCAUCGCAUUUGCUAUUAUCUCCAUUCUUUCGAUUAUUGUACUUCCUAUCAAUGGAUGGAAAGGUGAUGAUUUACUCUCUUCUAUCGUCCUUCCCUCUUUCUUCAUCCCACCCACCUAUCUCCUCUCCACCUCCUGCUGCCUUGUUCCAGGACAGAUUGGAUUCACAGACACCGGUAUCAAUGUCCUUAUCGACAUCCUGAUACUGCUAUGCCCUCUAGUAAGUUUAGUACUUAUCCCAGAAGAACCCAAGUACCGUCUUAUCCCUGCAAUCCUAUUUCCCGUACUCAUCCUGAUACGAUUGCUCCGGGAGAAGUACUACCCAUCUGGAAAGAGUGCUCUGCCUACUGCACCAUGGAGAGUGGCUGUCUUUGUCCUCAUCCUUAUCAUUGCUGUUUUUGCCUACGCGCUUAUGGUGUGGGGAUCUAUGGUCAUCCUAAAUAAUCACUUUGGCCUACUUGAUAUAAGCUAA